AUUUCGUUCGUUUCAUUCUUCAGAUAUAACAUUUACCAGGUAGUCCUUUAAACCUACAGGCGACUUUUGCACAAUAUUUAAAGACAAUCAAUUGACUAUUGAACUGAUUUUUAGUUCAUUCAUUCAUUCCCUUACCCUUUCCAGUCGUUCCACCGCCAUAGUUGCUCAUUCUUUUUUCGUGCACGGCGACGAACGCACGCGCUCCUUUAGCUCCGCAGCUACGAACAUAUCGUGCUCAAAAAUGUCUAAGCGCACAGCUAAAGAAAAAUUAAUUCACUAUCGUGAAAAAAUCAAGAGACUUGAACAAAUUUAUGAUUCGUCUUCAUCGGAAGAUGAAGAUGUUGUAAUGGACCCUGACGGUCCCAUACUGGCUCAUGAUCCUAUUAUACAGGAACCACAAAGAAACAUCGAAAAUCCCGAACCGGAACAUAAUAGUAGUGUACCGAUGUCGGACCAUAAUAACGGGAUUAUUGUACCUGAAAAUCAGGCAGAUUUACCGAUGUCGUCAGCUCAACCCGAGCUCGCUCCAGACAUGCUGCUCGCACUCGGAGAGUCCACAGAGGACACCCCGGAAUACGGCGAAAACAUCCACGACAAUCUAACGAAACUUUGGUCACCGUUACUUAAAAAAGGCAUGACGACCGAAGCUAGAGAUAAAAUCUUAAAAGACUAUUUGGUUCCCGACAACUGCCGGUUGUUACAAGCACCAAAAUUAAACGUGGAGAUUUCAGCAGCCGUACCCGAUAUGGUUCGUAACCGAGACAAAAAUCUGGCCGCGACGCAGCAGCAACUCGGCAACGGAAUCGCUGCUAUUAACAGGGCCAUGGAUAUUCUAAUCAAAUGCGCCGAUCCCAACGGAAUCAGAGCUAUGAAACACCUCAGCAACGGUUGCCGCAUUCUGUGUGACAUCCAUGCGUCACUUACUCAGAAUCGAAUAAAACUCAUCACCCCUAGUCUCGAUAAGUCGUUCUUGCAAGUUAUUCAAGAUACAGAACGUGAUGAAACGCUGUUCGGCAAUAAAUUGGCUGAAAAAAUCAAGGCGGCGAAGACCAUUGAAAAACAAGGUCUUCAAAUUAAGAAAACGUCUCCAAAGAAACCCGCGACGGCACAACCGUCGACAAACCGAGCGUCGUACUCGGGAAACUGGACAGCGCCCCCUCGUUACGCGUCGAACAGGGGGGGGCGGAGAGGUGCUCGCAGGCAGGCGAGCUACAGCCGUCGGGCGCUUCCGGACGCACAGCCGGCCAAGGCGGCCCCUGCGACCAAGACGAGCGCCCAGACACCGUAACACAGGGACUGCCAUCCCCUACACAAUGGGUUUACCCUGGCGGUCGAGAAGCACUUCGACAGUCCUUCAGUCGAAGAGGCACCCCGCCAGAGGCUAUAACACUGAUGUUGGCAUCACUUUCCGAUAAAACAAUACAGCAAUACGAAGUUACCUAUAAGCUCUGGUGGCAAUUUUGCGCUAUUAAUUCUAUCGAUGUUUUAAAUCCACAGAAAUCGCCAUUACUGUCUUUUCUAACAGAACAAUUUAACAAAAAAUGCGCAUACGGCACACUGAAUAGUCACCGUUCAGCCUUAUCCUUGUUAUUGGGAGACAAUGUCGGUUCGGACAAUUGCGUGAAACGCCUUCUUAAAGGCGCGUACAAACUAAGACCGAACGGUCCCAAGUAUAACCAUACAUGGGACCCUCACGUUGUUUUAAACCAUAUCUCUCACUGGUAUCCCAAUAAAAGUAUAAGCCUGGAAUAUUUGUCGAAAAAAUUAGUAACAUUACUGGCCAUAUGCACAGCGCAUAGGGUUCAAACAUUCUCACUUAUAAAAAUCGAAAAUGUUAUUGUAUCCACAAAUGGCGUCAAAAUUGGUAUCACUGAUAUAAUUAAAACAUCAGCCGCAGGACGAGAACAACCUGUUCUCUUCCUUCCAUAUUUUAAAGAUAACGUUUCUAUAUGCCCUGCUACAACUCUCAGAGAUUAUAUUUUUGUAACGAAAAAUAUGAGAGUUGAUAGUAUGGGACAUUUGCUAUUGACAUACAAACUCC